AUGGGCAUGGUUCCCACCUUUCCGCGGAACACACCACCCACAGACCCGGCUCACGGCACACUGCCAUCUUCUUGGCAUCCCAUCCCGGAACCUGAUGUGGGCCAAGUUCAGCAACAGAUCUCACAGGAAAUCAACAUCAAAUACGCUCAAGCCGAUAGUCAUCAGCAUACACAACAUCGCACUAUACUGAAGAGCUCUGGUCCACGUAAGCAGACCAAUUACCCUCUUGCGCUCGGAUAUUGGGGCAGCCUCAAUUGUGUACCCAACAUCUCGCAACUACCAGUCGACACCCGUCGAGCACAGAAGCCAGCACGCCGUGUCCGUUUCGUUGAUCAAACAGAAGUGCACCCGCUUACACCAUUCUUGCCACACCAUCAGUAUAUCUUGCAAGAGGAGGACUACCAAGCUGGCAUCACGGGCUACCAUCACGAAGAUCAGCCUCCUUCGGAACACGAUGCGAACCCUUUAUUCGAGUACAGUCACGAGCCUGUUCAAUACCCAAUCAACGAAGCACAAGAUCUUGCCCCAUCGGGCGAACAGAGAUCUCACCCCAAUGUUGAUCCUACUUUAGACUCUGUCGUAUUCCCUUGGCAACUUCACACCGAUGAGAGGGCUGGAUAG